AUGGAGCACUUUCGGGACACAGCGUUUGGUCAUGCCAUGCAGCUCAUGACAGGAGGCACGGUUCCUCAACUGCAGUAUCUUGACGAGCGGAGUCGCGAUGGUUGGCGGCAGUACAUCGAGCAGGACAAGUCUGCAUGCACAUCACGACAUGGCCAGGACGAGGUACUCGAGAAGGGUGGAAACAGCGAAAGCAGACCGGCGGAUGAAGGCAGGAUCCAUCCAUCAAGAACUUCCAGUGCGGACACGGCCCAGACGAUGGUGCCUGACGAGGCGGAUGGGUAUGACAGUGCCGGCGACAUCAGCAUCGACCCCGAGAAAGGACAAUACUCCCAUAUCAUCAAGUUUCUGCCCGACGACCCCGAGAACCCUCAGAACUGGCCCGUAGCGAAGAAGGUGUUCGUCACCUUUCAGAUCUGCCUCUUGACAGCCAGCAUCUACAUAGGCUCCGCCAUCUACACGGCCGGGUUGACGGAUGUCAUGCAGGUGUUUGGCGUCAGUCAGGUGUCGGCACUGCUUGGCCUCACGCUCUUUGUAGCCGGUUACGGUCUCGGUCCUAUGAUAUGGAGCCCCCUCUCUGAGGUCCCCCAAGUCGGCCGGAAUCCCGUCUACAUCGGCACCCUUUUCGUCUUCUUCCUGCUGCAGAUCCCAACGGCCACGUCGUCCAGCUUCGGCAUGCUCCUCGCCUUCCGAUUCAUCUCCGGAUUCGUCGGUUCCCCGGUUCUGGCCACCGGUGGCGCCACCUUGGUAGACAUCUGGUCGCCCAAGAAGAGGGCGUAUCCGAUCGCCUGCUGGGGUAUCGCCGCCGUGGCGGGCCCGACACUGGGCCCCGUCGUGGGCGGAUUCGCGGCCAUGGCCAAGGGCUGGACGUGGCCCAUCUGGGAGCUGAUGUGGCUGAGCGGGCUCGUCUUCAUCUUGCUCUUCUUCUGCCUCCCCGAGACAAGUUCCACCAACAUUUUGUACCGCCGAGCCAAGCGACUCCGGAAGAUCACAGGUAACGAGAAGAUCAAGAGCGAGCCCGAGGUGAUGGCCGAGGACCUGACGGGCAAGGAAAUCGUCAUGAUGUGCUUGGUGCGCCCGUUCACGCUCAACUUUGCGGAGCCUAUGGUGUUCCUGCUCAAUCUCUACAUCGCCUUGAUCUACGGCCUUCUGUACAUCUGGUUCGAGUCAUUCCCCAUCAUCUUCACCGGCAUCUACGGCUUCAGCCCCGGAAUGCAGGGCCUCGCUUUCUUGGGCAUCAUGGCCGGCGCCUUCGUCGCCAUCCCGCCCUUCUUCUGGUAUCUGCACAAGUAUCUCGAGCCGCAGUUCGACGAAAACGGCGACAUACAGCCCGAGAAGCGGCUGCCUCCGGCGUUUGUCGGCGCGUUCGCGAUCCCGCUUUGCCUCUUCUGGUUCGGCUGGUCGGCGAGGGCGGACGUCCACUGGAUCGUGCCCGUCAUCGGCUCGGCGUGGUUCAGCGUCGGUUCCACGUUCCUGUUCAACUCGGUCCUCAACUACCUGCCCGACGCGUACCCGGCAUACGCGGCGUCCGUCCUGGCGGGCAACGACCUGUUCAGGAGCGCCUUUGGCGCGAGCUUUCCGUUGUUUGCAAACACCAUGUACGAGAGGCUGGGCGUGAACUGGGCGAGCUCGCUGUUGGGGUUUCUGGCGAUUGUGUUCAUCCCUAUCCCGUUUGUGCUGUACAAGGUGCGUUGCAAUCUGACCACGACUGUAGAAACGGAUUGA